CCAGCUGAGGGGAAGGACUGACAGACACACAGAGCUGCCACCUUGCUGGAGAGGCUGCAAGAAGGAAGCAAAGCAUCAUUUCAUCGACUUCACUGAAUGUGUGAAGACCCAGAGGAGCGCCUCAUCUUACCUGCUUGGACCCGUAGGGGGGAAAAAAAACCAUAUUGCACUUGUGUAGAAACUUCACCAUUAACCAGGAUUGGCCUUUAACCAGAGGUCCAAACUGAUUCAUUUUACGAAAUCCACGUCCCUCAUCUAGCAUGGGUACAAAAGGCCUUCUGGGCUGCCUCCUCCUGACUGCUUUGCUCAGCUUAUCAGACGCUGGGCUUGUGAAGAAAAUCCUACGGCAUCGACGGCAGACUCUGACAUCCCCUAGAGAACAUAACGUCACCCUGCCCAGUGCAGACCAUCCUGUGGUUUUCAACCAUGUCUAUAACAUCAACGUUCCUGCCAGUUCUCUGUGCUCAGUGGACCUGGACGCUCCAGAGAGCACGCAGCUCGUUCCCAAAGACGCUGCGGUGUCCUCGGGCCAUCACACCACAGAUCACACCCUUGAUGGAGAGAACCAGAUUGUCUUCACCCACCGCAUUAACAUUCCUCGGCGGGCCUGCGGUUGUACCGAUGACAUGCCAGGCCUCAAAGACCUCAUGAGCCGGUUGGAGAUGCUUGAGGGUGAAGUUUCAGCAUUGAGAGAUCAGUGCAGCAGUGGUGACGGCCCCUGCUGCAGUGCUCAGGUCACAGGUGAGGUGGGAACUAAGCCUUACUGUAACGGUCAUGGAAACUACAGCACCGACACUUGUGGCUGCAGUUGUGAGCCUGGCUGGAAGGGACCCAACUGCACCGAGCCCGAGUGUCCCGAUAACUGUCAGGACCGGGGCAGCUGCGUGGACGGAAAGUGUGAAUGCUACAAGGGCUUCUCCGGAGAAGACUGCAGCCUCAGAGUUUGCCUUGUGGACUGUGGCCCUUACGGACAGUGUGUGGACGGCAUCUGCGUCUGCUCUGAUGGUUACUCCGGUGAAGACUGCUCUCAGACAAACUGCCUCAACAACUGCUACGGCCGUGGACGCUGUGAAGACGGAUACUGCACGUGCGAUGAACCCUGGACAGGCUUAGACUGCUCCGAACUCAUCUGUCCUAACGACUGCUAUGACCGCGGGCGUUGUGUGAAUGGUACCUGCUACUGUGAUGACGGAUUCACAGGGGAGGACUGUGGAGAGCGCACCUGUCCCAACAACUGCUAUGGUAAUGGUUUCUGUGUUGAUGGGAAGUGUACCUGCACUGCCGGCUACACUGGAGAAGACUGCUCUCAGCUCACCUGCCUCAACGACUGUAACGGCAGAGGUACCUGCUUCAACGGGAUGUGCACCUGCGACCAGGGCUACCAAGGUGAAGAUUGCAGCCAGUUAGCAUGUCUGAACAACUGUAACAACAGAGGCCAGUGCAUUAACGGACAGUGCUCAUGUGAUGUCGGUUUCCAAGGAGAUGAUUGCUCUGAGCUUUCAUGUCCCAACAACUGCCAGUACAGAGGGCGCUGUGUUAACGGCCAGUGUGUGUGCGAGGAAGGCUACGCUGGAGAGGACUGCAGCAUCAGGACCUGUCCCUCUAACUGCUACGGGCGCGGGGAGUGUGUUGAUGGACGUUGUGAGUGCCAUGCAGGCUUCACCGGCGAGGACUGCAGCGAGCUGAGCUGUCCUAACAAUUGUAGAAACCGUGGCCUCUGCAUCGAUGGGCAGUGUGUUUGUGACGAAGGCUUCACUGGUGAAGACUGCAGUCAGAAAGCUUGCCCCAACGACUGCCUGGGCCGAGGUCAAUGUGUCGAUGGCGAGUGCGUCUGCCAAGAGGGCUACUCGGGAGAUGACUGCUCUGUGCUCGCCUGUCCAGAUAACUGCAACGACAGGGGUCGCUGCAUCAAUGGAAGAUGCACAUGUGAGAGCGGAUAUGAAGGAGAAAGCUGCGCAGAGCUGAGCUGCCUCAACAACUGCCAGGACAAAGGCCGCUGUGUGGAUGGUCAGUGCGUCUGUGAUGAGGGAUACAUCGGAGAGGACUGCUCAGAAGUGUCUCCUCCAAAGGAUCUCACUGUCGGCGAGGUCACCCCCGAAACUGUUGAUCUCUCCUGGAACAACGAGAUGCUGGUGACAGAGUACCUCAUUACUUAUGUGCCAACCAGUCCUGGCGGUCUUCUCCAGGAGUUCACUGUGCCUGGAGACAGCACUGACGCAACUGUCAAAGAGCUUGAACCCGGCCUUGAGUACCUUAUCAACGUCUACGCUGUUCUGAGCAACAAAAGGAGCAUCCCUGUCAGUGCGAGGGUAGCCACAGCUCUUCCACAGCCAGAGGGUUUAAUAUUCAAAUCAGUGAGGGAGACUACAGUGGAGGUUGCGUGGGACCAGCUGGACAUCUCCUUUGAUGGCUGGGAGAUCUAUUUCCGCAACACGAAAGAAGAAAACGGUAAAAUUGUGAGCACCCUUCCACCCUCUCAAACCGAGUUCACCCAGUCAGGUCUCGGACCAGGACAGGAGUACGAGGUCUCCAUCAACAUCAUCAAAAACAACACCAGGGGUCCCCAGACAUCCGAAACCGUCACCACGAAACUUGACGGCCCCCCGCAGGUUGAGGUGAAAGAUGUGUCGGACUCCUCGGCUCUGGUCAGCUGGUCUGAACCGGUGUCUUCUGUAGACAAAAUCUCCAUGUCUUAUGCACCCACCUCCGACCCUGCAGAUGAAACCAGUGCAGACAUUUUCCCCCCAGACAAGCAGUACAGCAUUGACAGUCUGAAGCCGGACACUGAGUAUGAGGUGUCCAUUGUGUCCCAUAGAGGACCCCAUAGCAGUGAUGUUUACACCACCACAUUCACCACAGCCCUGGACGCCCCUAAGGACCUGCAGGCCAUUUCCCAAACAGACAGCAGCAUCACUCUUGAGUGGAGAAACAGUGAAGCCGAUGUUGGCAGCUAUCGAGUGAAAUACAGCCCCAUCUCCGGAGCCGCUCACGGUGAGGAAGUGUUCCCAAGAGGACCGGGAGACACGACACAAGCAACUAUCACCGGGCUAAAACCAGGGACGGAGUACGGGAUCGGAGUGACCGCCGUGAAGAACGAAAGAGAGAGUCUCCCCGCUACGACCAACGCAGCAACUGACCUCGAUCCUCCCAGAGAUUUCCAGCAAGUGGAGUCCACAGAGACCUCCAUCACCUUGAGGUGGCAGAAACCUCGAGCCAAGGUGACCGGCUACAGGCUGGUGUACGUCUCCAAAGACGGCCAGGUGGAGGAGGAGGAGAUCCCAGCUGGGGCGACGAGCUACGUCAUACCCAACCUGAUUCCAGGAAUGAGCUACGGCCUCAGCUUGACCUCAGAGAGGGGUCACAGGAGGAGCAAGCCUGUCACUCUAACUACAUCCACAGAGGAGCUGAAGCCCAUGGUGGUGAACCUCACCAUCUCUGACAAUACAUGGGACGGCUUCACUGCGUCCUGGAUCCCCUCGGGUGGGGAAUUUGACAGCUUUGUCAUUGAGGUAACAAACAUGGAGAAUAUCGCAGAGAGCCAGAACCUCUCUCUGUCCGGAGACGCUCUCAGCCUGGGCAUCUCCGGGCUGAAUCCCAACACCAGCUACAUGGUUGGCCUUUAUGGGAUGUAUCGGGGCUCCUUCCUUGAGCCCGUGUACACUGAAGCCACCACAGUGAAUCAGCCAGUGGUUGGCAAACUAUAUGUCACAAACUUAACGUCAGAGAGCUUUACAAUCUACUGGAACGGCACUGAAGGAGAGUUUGAUGGUUUUAUCCUGGAGAUUAUUGAUUCUGAUUGGCUGAUGGAGCCAAAGGAAUAUAACAUAUCCCACAAUGAAAUGUCCCAUGACAUCACAGGGCUCAGGCCCAGCACUGACUAUAUAGCCUACCUCUAUGGGACAUUCAAGGGAUCUCGAACAAAUGCUGUCAGUAUUGUGGCAUCUACAGCUAAAGAGCCUGAUUUGUCCAGGCUAGUUGUUUCUAACAUUACCUCAGACAGAUUCUCUCUGUCGUGGCGGACAGGAGAGAACGCAUUUGAUACCUUUAUAGUAGAAGUCAGAGAGUCUGCUUUGCCCUCGCAGGCAAUGGGGCGUGCUCUGCCAGGAGACGUGCGCUCCACAGUCAUGGCCGGGCUCAAAGCGAGCACAAGCUACAACAUAAAGCUGUACGCCAGCGCUGGUGGCCAGAACUCAAAGCCGCUAUUUGCUGUAGCUACAACAGAGGAUGUCCCACAGUUGGGGCCCAUAGCUGCUUCAUCUGUGAGCCCACAUAACCUCAGCUUGUCCUGGAGCACAGUAUCGGGCCAUUUUGAUGGUUUUGUUGUCCGGGUCAGCGACUCUGAGCAGCUGUCUGAUACGCUGGAGUUCAGACUGCCUGGUGAAGUCCGUAACAUUACGGUCUCUAACCUGAUGGAUUCCACAGGCUAUGAAAUUGAACUGUAUGGUAUUUCUCAUGGGCGCCACACUCCCACUGUGUUAGCCCAUGCCGUCACAGCUCCAUUGCCUAAAGUGGAAAACUUGACCAUUUCCAACAUAACCCCCUACGGCUUCCGUGUGUCGUGGGUGGUGAAGCAGCAGCUGCAGCAGCCGGAGGAAUUAGCCCCCUCUAGUGGUGGCUUCAACCAAUUUCACAUAGUGGUGACAGACUCCGGCUGGCUGCUGGAGCCUCAGGAGUUCACUGUGGCAGGAAACCAAAGUCACCUGGACAUCUGGGGCCUCAUCACCGGCAUAGGCUAUGAGGUCAGGCUGACCGGGGUAUCAGAGUCAGGGCUUCUCUCUCGGCCUCUGACUACAGUGGCUGUGACAGAGGCUGAGCCGGAGGUGGAGCAUCUCUUUGUCUCGGAUACCACAGCCGACAGUUUCCGUCUAUCGUGGACGGCUGAUGAAGAUAUGUUUGACAGAUUUGUGAUCAAAAUAAGAGACAGUAAAAGGUUAGCCCAUCCUCGGGAACACAACGUCCGCGGUGACGACCGAACCAUGGUUUUAACUGGACUCAUGGGUGGCACUGAAUAUGAAAUCGAGCUUUAUGGUGUCACGUUGGACCGACGCUCCCAACCUAUUACUGGGGUUGCUCAGACAGGCCUGUCGACUCCAAGAGGACUGCACUUCUCUGAAGUGACUGACUCCUCAGCUGUAGUUCACUGGUCCCUGGCGAGCUCCCCAGUGGAUAGCUACCGCAUCACCUAUGUGCUAUUUGAAGGAGGAACCCCGAUGACAGUGACUGUGGAUGGCGACGUGUUAGAGGCUGUGCUACCCAACAUGCUGCCUGGCAAGUUGUACCAGGUGACGGUCAGCUCCGUGAAGGGUCUGGAGGAGAGUGAUCCCAGCACAGACACUAUAACCACAGCUUUGGACAGACCUCAGGGUCUGACUGCAGUUAACGUCACCGACACCACCGCUCUGUUGCUGUGGCAACCGUCUGUGGCCACUGUUGACGGCUAUGUGAUUACUUACAGCGCUGAAUCAGUUUCCCCAGUGGUGGAGCAUGUUUCUGGGAACACAGUGGAGUUCGAGAUGGGCUCCCUGGUUCCAGGAACUCAUUACACAGUGGGAGUACAUGCGAUGAAAGAAGCUCAGAAGAGCGCCUCUGCUGCAACUGAAUUCACCACUGAUGUGGACCCUCCUAGAGAUCUGACAGCUAUUAACAUUCAAACUGAAAGUGCAACGCUCACAUGGAAACCUCCACAGGCUGCCGUCACUGGUUACACACUCACCUUCUCCUCUGCUGAUGGUACAAUCAGGGAGGUGGUUCUAAGCCCGACAGCCUCCUCUUAUAACAUGGCUCAGCUAACUGGCUCCACAGAGUACAAUGUCAGACUGCAAGCCAACGCUGGAGCCCAGAGGAGUCGUCACAUUACCACCGUCUUCACUACCAUCGGACAGCUGUACAGACACCCGAAGGACUGUGCUCAGAUUUUAUUGAAUGGAGAGACGGCCUCCGGUCUGCACCAGAUCUAUGUGGGAGGAGAGGAGAGUCAACCCAUCCAGGUUUACUGUGACAUGACUACAGACGGCGGAGGAUGGAUGGUCCUCCUGAGACGCCAGAAUGGAAAGCUGGAUUUCUACAGGAACUGGAAGAACUACACCGCUGGCUUCGGUAACAUGAAUGAUGAGUUCUGGCUGGGACUCUCCAACCUCCAUAAGAUCACAUCUUCUGGACAUUAUGAGAUGCGAGUGGACUUAAGGGAUCAAGGGGAAUCAGUCUACGCCCAGUAUGACAAGUUCACGAUUGCAGAGCCAAGAACACGCUAUAAAAUGUACAUAGGAGGAUACAGUGGAACAGCAGGUGACUCCAUGACUUACCACCAGGGUCGGCCAUUCUCCACCUAUGACAAUGAUAAUGAUAUUGCUGUCACCAACUGCGCCUUGUCCUACAAAGGUGCCUUUUGGUAUAAAAACUGUCAUCGUGUCAACCUCAUGGGGAAAUAUGGCGACACCAGCCACAGUAAGGGGAUCAACUGGUUCCACUGGAAAGGCCACGAACAUUCAAUUGAAUUCGCAGAGAUGAAGAUUAGGCCAGCCAACUUCAGAAAUUUCGAGAGCAGAAAAAAACGAUCAUAGACUUGUGAACCCCCCCUUUUUCCUCACAUACACCUCAUCUCCACCCACACCCCCA